AUGAGUACGCUGGUGGACGAGAAGGGGCACGCGGCAAUUCGAGAAGCCGGAGGAAACACGCUCGAGAAGACCGGAAGAUGGUUAACUCGUGUCAAAAUGUUAUUUGCAGAAGACCCAAAAUACACAAAGGGUUUCAAAUUUGACCAUGUCUGGAAUAUUCUCAAAGACAUUGAAAAAUUUGGUACUGACACUAUGAAUACUGCAUCGAUGAAAUCGCGACAACAAAAUGAUAAUGUUGAUUCAUCUGAACAACAAUUCUUCGAGGAGGCAUUUCAUACACAUUCAUAUCCUUGUGUGUCUGUUUUUGAUCUUAAUAUCACUGAUUUAGAUAGCGGUGCUACUUUUAAUAAACGACCUCCAGGGGUGAAAAAAAGUAAAAUGAAGAAAAAGAAUGAUGAACAAAUUGCAAAGGUAAUUAAUAUUAAUGCUCAACUUGUUGAGACAAUGAAUGCAAGUACUGCUGUUACUGCAAAAAUGGCAGAUACUAUGCUUUACAAGGAAUAA